CAACACCUCUCAUAACACUUUCAUCACCGCAGCACUCUAUUCACAACUUUUUAUCUCUCCAAAGAUAACCAAACUUACCUACGACUUCACCCUGGUCUAUCUACCCUCUCACUUAAACCUACCAAUCCGAGAACAUGGCUCCCACACAGAACGGAGGUGAGGAUCUUACUCACGGUACACCUGCUACCGGUCUCCGAGGCAUGCUACGCGGCUUGUCAGUGCGUAGAUUGGAGAAGAGCCUAGAUAAGAAGGCGGCGGACCAGAGAGAGCAGAAUUGGACACUCCCGGAUGAGGAGGAGUGUAAGAGGUGGACUCUGGAGGAAUUGCAGCAGGAAUAUGAAAUCCUGCUGAAGAAGUACAAGCAGGCUGACCGAGAUCAAAACAAUCUGGUCUCGGCGAGCAUCACCGACAAAAAGGUGACUGCUAAUGCUGGCAACGUGGCGAACCAGUGCCGCGAAUGGGUGCACGAUUGCAAGAAGACCUUGCAGUCUCUGGAGGGGGCUAUCCGCCUGAUCAUCAACAAGACGGAUGCCAAGGCAGCGGUUGCACAGGCCUGUAAGCAUCCGACGCCAGACAAUGUACAUCUGGCAAUGAAGGAAAUCAAUGACGCCGACAGGCGCAUUGAAGCCCUACAGAGCCAGAUUGGAGGGUACGUCGAUGCUCUGCGCCAGUGGCUCGACAAGGAGCCCGGCUUCUAAGUCACUACUCCCUGUCCGCUAGGUUCCUUGGAGUUUGGGGGUUUCACACUGACAUCCAAUUUGGAUGAUCAGUCCUUGGUCACUUGAUAUGGCUGGAACCAAUCAAGAAAGGUUAGAAGAUGAAGAAGAAGCUGAUUACUCUUCAGGAGUUUGAAGCUUG